UUAUUGAUUAAAUACGCUAUUUUUAAUUUAAAAAAAAGAUUUUUGGAAAUCAUCUUGCGACCCCGCCGUUGCGGCCUUGCAACCCCUACUUUGGGAACCCCUGCUAUACAAUAUUCUCUCUCUCUUUUUAGGGUUCUGCCUCAGGUCUGGUUGGGCAGCUGCCCCUGUCGGGUGGAACAUGUAACUCUGAAGCUGAAACAGGAACUGGGCGUUACUGCUGUGAUGAACUUUCAGACAGAGUGGGAUGUCGUGAACAACUCACACGGCUGCCGUCGUGACCUCAGUCAGCCCAUGGCCCCAGAAACCAUGAUGCAUCUGUACAGAGACUGUGGCCUUGCUUACAUCUGGAUCCCUACUCCAGACAUGAGCACAGAGGGGCGCACACGGGUGUUACCUGAGGCGGUUUUUCUGCUCUACGGGCUGUUGGAGAAUGGUCACACAGUAUAUGUUCACUGUAACGCAGGAGUGGGCCGUUCCACAGCAGUCGUGUGUGGCGUUCUUAUGUACGUGUUAGGCUGGACCCUCAGAAAGGUGCAGUACUACCUCACUGCCAAAAGGGCGGCAGUCUAUAUUGAUGAGGAAGCACUGGUUCAGGCUAAAGAUGACUUUCUCAAGAAAUUUGGACGAUUGUGUCCUUCUGUCUGCUGCCCAUAGACAUGAGAACAGUGCUCUCUGCUGGAUAGCAACCUAAAUAAAUGCAAUUUAGGGAAUGUAGUUUUGUAGAUAUAGCAUAAAAAUGUUUGAAAAAUAUAUUAUUCAGGCGAAUGAUGCCUUAAGAUGGCCUCAGACUAUGGGAUUUUUAAAAUCCUGACCGAUGAAGAAAUCUGGUUGCAAGCACACACAUAAGGAGAAUCUUGACAGAAAAAAAUGGAAAACUCUUGGCACAUCACACACUACAGGAGAAUAUUGAGAUUAUCGUACCAGUAGACGCACGCAUCACGUGACCCGCUCACCAAGAACCGGAUGUAAACAUUGAGUAAUGUAUAUGUUGUGACAUGAGGAUAUCUUGUGGUAGUGAAGCGUUCAUUUAGACGUGAUAAUUUGCUUUUUAAUUGUGUACACUUCACUAAUGUGAUAUAAUUUAUGGUUGAUGAAAUGCACAUGAUCAGAACACAGUUCGUUCACUUUAAAAUACUGGGAAAAAACAGUGCGUCAUUGCUAUAUUACUAUACAGUAUACUGCAAUUUCAUACUUUUUAUAAUGCAGGGCAGGGUUGUUUGUUUAUCACAUACAUGUUUUACCAGAUUUAUUAAAAACAUCUUUUGUCUUAGAAAAUGUCUAAAAUGAUGACAAAAAAGCAAUUUCCACAGUGAAAACUUGUUUUAUUUUUUAGAUGUUAUGUAAAUUAAAUGUUAUUACCUUGGGUGUUUCGUUCGAUGAUUUAAAUACAACUCAGAAACAAUAUCAAAAUGUCUGUAUUCUAUUU